CUAAAGUUUACAUCUUUCUUCACUAAAGUUUACAAUCUUUCUUCACUAAAGUUUACAUUUUUCUUCUCUAAAGUUUACAUCUUUCUUCGCUAAAGUUCACAUUUUUCUUGACUGCAUACAUAUUUAAGUAAGAAAUGUUGUCCCUUUUGUAAAAAUCAGGAGAUUGGUUGUUUACCCUAAAGGAAACGAAGAGGACAAUGGAAGGGGGCUUUGUUUCAAUGUAUGUGGAAUGUCUCUCAUCCACAACACCACUCAUUGACGUGUUUGCUCAUCUCACUUUCUUUGUCUUUAGCGAGGAAGAGAAGAAGUACCUCUCUAUUCAAGAUGUUGAAGUAAAGCGUUUCAAUUCUGCUAAAACGGUUUGGGGAUUGUCAAAAGCUCUUUCGGUUGAAACACUCAAAGACCGUGCAAAGGGAUUUAUCUUGUACGGAGAACUACAUGAGUUUGGUGCUCAUGUGAAGAUUGUUUCACGACCUGUCUCUUUUGGUGAAGAUCUCCCUUUUCACAAAUUCUCAUGGACUAUUUGUGAUUUCUCUCUUCUCAGACAGAAUGAUUGCGUUUCGAAAACCUUUCACAUGGGAGAAAAGGAUUGGUGAGUUUAUCAGAAGUUUUCUUUUCUCAUAUAUUGUUGUAUGUGUGUGCAUGAGUGUUAACUAGCUAACAAGUGGAUGUUAAUGUCUUACUACAGGACUCUGACUUUGUAUCCAAAGGGGGACUCUAGAGCAGAUGGCAAGUUAUCCCAGCAUUUGCAUUUAGCCGACGGUGAAACUUUAUUCAGGGGUGAGCUGAUUUUCGUUCGAGUAAACCUGCAGGUUCUAGACCCGCGUGGAUCCGAUCACCUAAUAGGAAGCAUUAACGGUUGGGUCAUGGCCUCGACCAAAGCGAUGGGUCUUCCUCAAUUCAUGCCUUUAGCUAAAAUUCAGGGGGCUUAGUUGGACCGUCAAGAUACUUUGGAGGUAGAAAUCGAAUGUGAAGUUGUUAACUCCAUCAAAAACCAUCCCUGUUUUUAGGAUAUCUACCAUGCCAUGUCUACUACUCUAGGACUUACCUACUCUGUUUGUUGCGUAGAGAUUGAAAUGUGAAGUUACCGCUCUAUCUAUGUUUUUAGGAUAUCUAUUAAUCUAUCAUGCAUGUCUGAGUCUGACUAUUGUAUGUCUGUAUGACUUUUCAUGCGUUUAUUAAUGAUCUUAGUUAUUUAA